AUGCCUCGGACCCUCCCGUGGCUGAAAGAAGAAGCCAUCAUCAAGCGCGAACAACUGACGCCGACACCGACGUCGCGACGAGCAGUGAAAUCCGAACCACCCAAGGAACCAAAAAGCGAGAGCGAUGUGACACCCAAAGCAGAGGGGACGCCGAAGUCUCGAGGACCCAAGAAGCGGGAUUUUUUCCCGCCCACCCCACCAUCAUCCCCCAUCCACCGAUGUCCGUCAGAAGAAUAUCUCCGCGAAGGCUUCGACAAAGAUGACAUCUACAUGAUGGUGGAAGACGAAUUCUACGCCGUGGCGCAAACGUUCACCCAGCAUCUCCACUACGCGGAGUACGUGAGACGAAAAAAAGAGGCGAAGCUGCAGAGCGCAACCGUCAUACAGAACUUGGCGCGGCCUACGGACGGGGUGACGCCGAUGAGCGAGGAGGUGAAGAGGAGGAAGGCGGCGGAGGAGCUCUCGUUGAAACAGAAGGCUGGGGUGGAGAGGGGCAGAGGGGAGAGACCGGCGGUGGAUUCGGAGGAAGAAAGGGAUGAUAAUAAUAUAGAGGAAGAGGGGGAGGAGGGGGACAUGUGGGCGGGCACUUCGCUGCAUGAUCUGAUGGUUAGUCCGCGCAAGGCCCGGUCUUUGGUGGGGAUACAGGGGGUUAAGUCGUCGACGCGGGCGGCUGCUGGGUUAAGGGCGUCGUUGGCGACUGGGACUGGGAGAUGGGGCAGUGGGGAUGAUGGGAUUAGGGGGGCUGGGGCGAAGGAUGAGGAAGAGGUCGAUCUACUGGAGACGGACUCGGGAGAUGACGAUCUGGACGCACGGACGGAGACGAAGACGCCAACUCCAAUGAGACCUGUGAAGCAGGGGCAGCAGGGGCAGCAGCAGCAGCAGCAGCAGCAACGGCGCUCGACUGAUUCGGACUCCAAGGUGAGAGGGAUAUCUAGCUUGCGAAGCAGCCCUGUGGCGGGUCGCGCUACAGAGGAUCGGGGGAUAAGAAGAGUGAAGUCUAUGAGUGCUAGAACCAGUACGCCAACCGGGACCCAAUCUAAAAGACGAUUAUUAUUUGACGACUUUGACGAGCUUCCAGAGCUACACAAGUCGAACAUUCAGGUGCAGGGCCAGAGAUCCUCCCCGUCAUUAGGUGGCGACACGCAACAAACUCCACGCGGCAUUGAUCCGAAGGCAAAGAAGAAAUCGCGUCUGAACGAAGUUCCAACAUUCUUGUUUUGA